CCCGUGACCCUUAGCGACACUGGCUUCAGCGCUUAGCGAAAUACAAAGCUGUCCCGUUCUCUUAAACCUUUAUCGAUUUCACCAAAAAGACUAAAUAUCGACAAAAGAAUUGGCAUCGACACGGGAGAAAGAGUGCCGGGCGUUGGAUCGAAGGAGUUUUCUUCGGCAACGGCAUUAUGGAUCAGGACUAUGAGUCCAGGCUGCUAAGGCAACUCAACAUCCACAAUGCGAAUGCCAGCCCAGUGAAAUCUCUUGGCGCGCUACGAGCUCUGUCGCCAGUCAGCUCCCCGCUGUCCUCCCCGAGCAAGCACGGCGAUCGCUUCAUCCCUUCACGGGCCGGCGCCAACUGGAGCGUCAACUUCCACCGCAUCAAUGAAAUUGAAAAGUCACACAAUCAAAACAGGAAAACCAAAGAUGGAACAGCAGACAGCAACAAAGCGGAUGGUCUCGCUUACUCGGCGCUGCUGAAGAACGAGCUGCUCGGAGCCGGAAUCGACAAAGUCCAGGACCCCCAGUCUGAAGAUCGCCGUCUUCAGCCAGCCACCCCUACAAGGAGGAGCCUUUUUAAAUAUUCUUUGAGUACCAAGAGGUCUCUGGAAGAAGAUGGAAAUGCAGUCUCUCCUUAUUCUUUAUCACCCGUCAGUAGCAACAGCCAGAAACUGCUCCGGUCGCCCCGGAAACCCAUGCGCAAGAUAUCCAAAAUACCUUUUAAAGUACUCGAUGCUCCCGAGCUUCAAGAUGACUUCUACCUCAACCUUGUGGACUGGUCCUCUCUCAACGUGCUGAGUGUGGGACUGGGCACUUGUGUGUACCUGUGGAGCGCCUGCACCAGCCAGGUGACGCGUCUGUGCGACCUUUCUGUAGAAGGAGACUCUGUAACAUCAGUGGGCUGGUCAGAAAGGGGCAACCUAGUUGCUGUGGGGACUCAUAAAGGCUACGUUCAAAUCUGGGAUGCCGCCGCGGGGAAGAAGCUCUCUACACUUGAGGGACACACGGCCAGAGUGGGCGCCUUGGCAUGGAACGCAGACCAGCUUUCGUCCGGAAGCCGCGAUAGGGUCAUCCUGCAACGGGACAUCAGAGCCCCGCCUCUCCAGUCCGAGCGCCGGCUCCAGGGACACCGGCAGGAAGUGUGCGGACUGAAGUGGAGCACGGACCAUCAGCUGUUGGCAUCCGGCGGCAAUGAUAACAAGUUGCUGGUGUGGAACCACUCCAGCGUCCUCCCAGUGCAGCAGUACACCGAGCAUUUGGCGGCAGUGAAGGCUAUCGCCUGGUCCCCCCACCAGCACGGCCUGCUGGCCUCCGGAGGGGGCACCGCCGACCGCUGCAUCCGCUUCUGGAACACUCUGACCAGCCAGCCCCUGCAGUGCACCGACACGGGCUCUCAGGUGUGCAACCUGGCCUGGUCUAAGCACACCAACGAACUGGUCAGCACACACGGUUAUUCCCAAAACCAAAUCCUAGUGUGGAAAUAUCCCUCGCUCACUCAAGUGGCCAAACUCACAGGACAUUCCUACAGAGUUCUCUACCUGGCCAUGUCCCCUGAUGGAGAGGCCAUCGUGACGGGGGCAGGAGAUGAAACUCUCCGCUUCUGGAAUGUCUUUAGCAAGAUGAGAUCCACUAAAGAGUCUGUGUCAGUCCUCAACCUUUUCACCAGGAUCCGGUAGUCGGCGCACUCGGAGCUGCUACUGGCGACGAAAGAAGAAAAUUCCUCUUUGCAUGCACCAAGUCCAUGCAUUAAGCAUCAGUCAUCGGCAGAUCAUCAAUGCGUGAAGUGGGAACCACGCGCAAUGUUCGAUGAUCACAGACUAAAUAAUCAACCAGACUCAUCGUCACAGACCCGUUUACAGCCCUUAAAUUCUGCAAAACUGCCAAAUGUUGAGUUUUGUCUUUUUUUUUUUAAUUUUUUAAAAAAUAAUAAUUUAUUAUGUUUUGUUUUGUGCUUGUCCUGCGUUUGUUUCACAUAUCAUUACUUUUGUGUUUGUUGUUGAAUUCAGCAUUUUACGUUUUUUGGUUGAAUCGGUGGCGUUUGCCCGUUGCCUUCGGGGGUUUGGGUUUGCCGACAGACGUGUGAGUCCUGCAUUAUGUUUCAUCAGGCUAAAACAAAACAUGUAUCGUUUGAGAAAGCACCAGAAAUCGCAAACCUCACCUGCGUAGUACAUCACUGCAAAAUGAAAGCAUUGCCGAUCAGAGUCAUUAGUAACAGCAAUUAAAGCCUUACAAUCCAAAACAAUUAGCCGCACGCUAAAAUGCGACCAUUGUGACAUUUGGCUUGCGGUUCUAUUUCUGUGCAGGUGCUUGUUUUGUCUAAUUUGCAGCCCAAAUUCCAUAUCACCUCACAACCCACCCCUCCAUUAACAUUUUUUUUUUUAUUUCCCAGUUUGAAUGCUGAGUGUGAGACAUUUACAUUCAUGCUAUUUAUUUGUGUUGUGUAAAGAAAUUUCUUGUACAGUAAUGGCAUGCUUGGUGAAAAGAAAAACAAAAUGUAGCGGAGAAAAGCAGUUUAACGCCACAUUGAACGGCAUUGUACUUAUUAGGACAACUUGACUUACACGUUAAAUGUAAAACGAUGUCUAUUUCUGUACUCAGGUAAUGGACAAUUAAAAACAUCACAUCAUGUCUUGUA